AUGGCCCCGCCGCCAACAACUCCGAAUCGGACGGCGAGGGGCCGUCCUCGCGGCCGUCCUAAGGGUUCCGGCUCCGCUAGCGCGUCCCGCGUCAGAAGGCCGCCGCCCGACGGUCCAGCUACAGAACCCCCUCUGAAGCGGCGUCGCUAUAUCCCCGGUGGUCCCGGCGGUGGUGGGCGCUUCAUCGAUGACGAAAAUGCUGCACUAGCCACCGAUUCGCCCGGCCCCUCGACCACCGCACCCCGACCCCGAGCGUCUGCAGCCACCCAAGCGCGACGAUCCCCUCCUGUCUACCCGCGCAGAGAACGGAGUACAAGAAUCCGCACAGCUGUCAACCGAGAUGAGCGGGAUGACAUGCAAUACAGCUCCGCAGCGGCUGUGGCGGCAGCUGUCGUGCAAAGCGAAGGAUAUAAACCCCGGGAGGAGCGUGGGUGGGAGGAAUUUCACCCGAAUCUGGACAUCGAUGCUACCUUUCUGGUGCUCCCAGCCGACGAGGUUGACGGCGUCGUGAAAUCCAUUCCCCCAACUCCUGCCGCCCAAACGUCUGGCACACCCUUAAACGGCGCAAGCACACCCACUAAGGAGGUGAACUCGGGGUCAGGGACCGCGGUUAACGGCACCCCAGGUGGCCAGGGCAAGCCUACUCUCGGCGGAACGUCGACAGAGACACCCACCAGGCGCCGGGUCGGCAGACCACCCCGAGAUUCGGUCUCGCUGUAUGCGACCCGGCCCCCAGACUUCGGCUUGACGCCCAAGAUCCCCAAAGUGAUGCCAAUUCACAACCAGACCGCCAAAGAGCGGCUUGAUUUGAAGCAGCCUUCGUACCGCAAGACCAGUCGCGUCGCAGUGUUCGAGAGCAAACAGUUUGGCCAAGCGAGAUAUGUCGAGAAGUCGAUGAUGAAUGUGGGCUAUCAAGAGAGCGACAACUUCAUUCGGCCGGACCGCAACCUGAUCAAGGCGAUGGAUGCGAACGUGGAAGAAGAGCUUGACCAGCACCCUGCAGUAAGAGCUGACGGAGAUCCUGUCCAGCAUACAGCGGGCGUUGUGGGGCGCGUCGAGUAUGACAUGGAUGAGCAGGACGACAUGUGGCUUGGCAAGCUCAACGAGCAGCGCAAGGCCUCCGACCUGGAAAGCAUAACCCGCGAGAUCUUUGAGAUCACGAUAACCAAGAUCGAAAAGGAAUGGCAUGCUCUUGAGAAGAGCAUACCAAAGCCGAAUCCGAAACCUCCGCAGACCCACAGACCGCGGUCGAGUUCUGCAGCUGCAGUUAAUGGCGAGCCGCAGGCUGGGGAGGAGCAGGAUAGCAAGUGCGCCAUCUGCGACGACGGCGAUUGCGAAAACACAAACGCUAUUGUGUUUUGCGACGGCUGCGAUCUUGCUGUUCACCAAGAGUGCUAUGGCGUUCCUUUUAUUCCCGAGGGGCAGUGGUUGUGUCGCAAAUGCCAGCUUAUUGGGCGUGGCAUUCCGACAUGCAUUUUCUGUCCAAAUACCGAUGGAGCGUUCAAGCAGACCAACUCGUCAAAAUGGGCCCAUCUGUUAUGCGCCAUGUGGAUCCCCGAGGUGUCGCUCGGAAACCACACCUUCAUGGAGCCGGUGAUGGAGGUUGAAAAAGUGCCCAAGAACCGCUGGAGGCUGACGUGCUACAUCUGCAACCAGCGUAUGGGGGCCUGCAUCCAGUGCUCUAACAAAAACUGCUACCAGGCCUUCCAUGUGACGUGCGCCCGGCGGUGUCGACUGUUUCUUAAGAUGAAAAACAGUCAGGGGGCCCUUGCCGUGCUCGACGGCACCCUCCCACUCAAGGCCUUCUGCGAUAAGCACUGCCCGCCCGACUAUGCAAAGGAAAAUGAUGUCAGCCAGGCAACGAAGGAAGCGAAGCGCUUCUACAAGCGCACCAUGAAGGGCCGCCUCUGGGCCGACGACCAGGCUGCGGCACUUCAAAUGGCCGCCACACACCGCCACGCUAUGACUGAGCACCCCCCCGAUGAGUCGCAAAUGACUGGUGCCAAAGUUUCCGCCGUUUUGGCUGAGAAAAAGAAGGGUCAACCGCAGAAAAAUAUCUGGAAGUUACCAUCCGGCGCACCCGUCAUCCCGCAGAAAGUUUACGAUCUGGUCGAGAGCGCCCUAUCACGUUUUCCAAUCCGAAAACGCAAAGACUUUGUGGCGGAGGCGUGCCGUUACUGGACACUCAAGCGAGAAGCUCGCCGCGGUGCCGCCUUGCUCAAGCGACUCCAGCUGCAGAUGGAAACCUUUUCAUCCAUGGAGCUGACACGCCGCAACUUUGCUGUCAUGGGCCCGUCAGGCAGGGCGAGGCUGGAGAGAAGAGUUGAGUUUUGCAGAAACCUUCUCAAAGACCUCGAACAGCUCAAGGAAUUGUCCGAAGCUAUUGUGCGCCGCGAAGCGGACAAGCUCGAGCAGGCCGAGUUGAUGGUCGACUUUGUCGACACAUGCUAUUUCCCCAUCUACAAAAUGCUGCUCCCGGUCAUGGAUAAAGCGUUCUUACUGGACAGGAACGUCUUCAAGCCAGGCUUUACGGAGCUGCAGGACAAGCUCGACAGGCGCUUUUACGUAACCACUCUGCCCUUUGCGCGUGAUUUAUGUCAAGCAAUCAAUGUGGGCAUCAACACGGAAAGACCGUCGUCAGACCAAGAGCAGGGGACGGAACCGUCCGACGCGUCCGCAGUGAAGCAGAGCAACUAUUCAGAAGUUAGAGACCGCAGACGCCUCGGCAAGAGGAUUCUUAAAUCCCUCGAGCCAUACUUCGAGGCAGCACUAAAGGCCGAAGCCGACAUUUGCAGCAAGUCAUUCGAUUCCAUGAAACAGGAACUUGAAGCCAUGAUCGAAGCUAGCCUCGAGGUGAGGCAGCCAACUACAAGCAGCAUCAUAGUGUCCCAUGACGACGGCGCAGCGCCCAAGCCCGAUCAAGAUGUGGACAUGAUGGACGCACCGGCAGAAGGCCAGAUUAUUGUGGCAGACCAGAGCGACGACGAGGCUGAUGCCGACGGCGAAGCAGACCCCGACCACGAUGACACAAAGGACGGGACUGAACUUGCCCAGGAUCAUGGCGGCGAGAUUGAGGUCAAGGAACCAGACGAUGAGCACGAUGACGACGGCACGCUGAAACCAAAUGGCGCUCGUUCCUCGGCACAUUCUCCCCCCGGUGACCAACAAUCCGACAUAGCCCAAGGACAAGGAGACUUCCACCGCCGCCUCCUCGUCACAAACGGCUUCAACAAAGACCCCAACUCAAACUCACCGGCUUCUCUUCCGGGCAGCUACCCGCACCCGGCCAACCAUCAGGACCAUCAAGACCAUGGCCACGACCAGAACCCGCACCCAGCUCCUGCCCCGCUCACGCCGCCGCAAUCAAACGGCUCGUUCGCGGGACAGCCUUCCAACCAACAAUAUCUACAACCACAGCCGGCCGUCUCUUCCUCCUUGUCCUACCACAACGGGAGCAGCAACAGCAACAACGACGCUGUUGUUGGAACCAGCAACAACGGCAGCAGCGACAUCAUGGACAACGUGCUCGUGGCCGGUGGAAUCCCCUGGUACCUGGCAGGGUUCGAGCUGCGCGGCACGUCGGCUGUCGAGGAGCAGUGGACGGGCCGCGAGGCGGUGCGCCGCGCCCUGAGCGAGGAGCUGACCGACAUGGACGAUGACGCGCUCAAGGACCUCGAGUUUGAUGUCGACGAGGAGAAUACCAUCACCGCCUCGCCGCCUGUCGGGGAAGGUACUGACGGGAAUGGUGCUAAUAACAAUUCAGGCGGCGGUAGCGGGGCAGGAUCCAAGGCGAUCACACAGGCGGCGGCUACGCCCAAGAAGAGCCUCAGGAGCUCCACUGCGAGCGCCGCUGCCGCUGCCGCUGCCGCUGCCGCUGCCGUCGCCGCCGCUACUGCUUCCGGCGCGUCGCGGAGGGCGUCUAAUUCCAGCGGCAUAAGGAAGGGGGUUCGGAGUAGUGCGCGGAGGAGGUGA